AGUUGGAGGAGUUUCCAUAGUCAUUCUUCGUUUGAUCUUCGUUGUGGUGCAUCAAGUUACCCGUAGGGGACAACUGAGGACACCCCAUUACGACAUUAACGACAACAAUCGCCGUCACUUCAAGUCAUUACUCCACUUCUUCUCAUUAGACCUUGCUCAAUAAAUGGACUCGAUCUUAGUGUUAAGUGAUUAGAUUAACAUCACCUAAAUUGUGGGAUUUCAAAAUUAACACCAGUGAAAGUGUGGUUGUUUUUAUUAUUAACGAGUGUUAAAUCUUCGUUUAUUAAACUAGAGCACUCCGAAGCUCGAGACAUGUGCAAAGUGAUGUCGGCGAGAUAGUGUCGCGUGUGUCACAGGACCUUGCAAGGACUUUAAGACAAUUAUUCACUUUUCGAGCUAAGAUGAACCAAACGUGCAAAGUAUGUGGCGAACCAGCAGCAGGAUUUCAUUUUGGAGCUUUCACGUGCGAAGGAUGUAAGUCGUUCUUCGGGAGGUCGUACAACAACCUCAGCUCCAUCUCGGAAUGCAAAAACAAUGGCGAGUGUGUCAUCAAUAAGAAGAAUCGGACGGCUUGCAAAGCCUGCCGACUGCGGAAAUGUCUGAUGGUCGGUAUGUCAAAAAGUGGCUCAAGAUACGGCCGAAGAUCAAACUGGUUCAAAAUCCACUGUUUACUGCAAGAACAACAACAGCAGCAACAAGCCGGUGGUGGUGGCAUCCAAACCGGCCUGAAACCCCCCCAGAAAACCCCAUCCCCGCACCAACACCUCGGCCUCGGCCUCCUGAACCAGCCCUUCGGCCACCCCCUCAUGCACCACAUCACCAAAACCAAAGAAGAGCUCAUGCUUCUUGGACUCGACGAAUACAAAAACUCCGCUUCGCCUUCGGUCAGUUCUCCCGAAUCGCACAACUCCGACUCUUCGGUCGAGAUCAGCGACGCUAGGAGAAUACCCCUCUUCCCGGGACUCCUCCCGCCGACGUUUCUACCUCCUCAUGGCCUGCUCUUCCCCCCCGGGUACCCGCCCCUGUACCCCGGCCUCCUCCAGCCCACCAACAACAACAACCGGCUGAUGCGCAACCACAACCCUGGAGUUGAAGCUUUCAACAAGCGGGUGUUCCUGGACGCGGUGUUGCAAUCGCAGAGGUCUCCCACCCCGGAGGUGGAGGCGCCGCCGCCGGUGGCGUCGCCCCUGCAGGAGGACCCCAUAGACUUGAGUAUGAAGACUAUGAGUGAGCGGGGGUCUUCACCGGCUCACAGUGAUCGCUCGGAUUCGGUUGUAACCGAGCAAGGUGCAGGCAGUGAAGCUGAUGAGGAGAGCGAUUGCGAGUCGGAGAAGGAGUUGAAGAGGAUAAAGUUAGUCAGACCCGCGCCGUUGGACUUGACCACAAAAGUGUGAUAACUAGUGUUUUUGCUAAAUUACCACUGUGUUCCAUUCGAGUAUUG